GCCCAUUGGCGGUGUCAGAGCAGAGGAAGCGCAGGGCCCCGGGGUCCCACCCCAGCGGGCAGGAGGCGGGGCCGGGUGGCCCCUCCCAGCGCCCCGGGCCGCGCGGGCCGCAGCGGGACACCCCGACCUCGCGGCGCGGCAUGAGGCGCGGGGCCCGGGGCGCGCGGGGCCGGGCCGGGCCGCUGCCCCCCACGUCUGUCCAGCCCACGUGCUUCGACCCGCUGGUGCGCGACUACGUGGCCUGCUGGAUGCUCGGCGCGCGGGGAACCCGGCCGGCCCCGACUGGCGCCCCCUGCGCGCCCUCGCUGUCCCCCGGGCCCGCAGCCUGCACGGGCAGCCCCGCGCCCGGGUCGCCGGCGCCGGUGGCGGCCCUGCGGCUGCCCGCGCUGCUCCUCGGCGCCCCGGCCGGCCUGGGGCUGGCGCUGGCCCUGGUGCUGGUGGCCCUGGUGACCUGGCUGCGCAGACGGCGCGGGGCGGCGCCCUCAGCCGCGCGGGACUCGGAGUCAGAGGAGUCUCCGGACAUUGUCAUCGUCCUGUCCCCCGGAGACCCGAAGGCCUCAGCGCCCGCCUGGCCGCCACCCGCAGGAGAACCGGACACGUUGGCCCCUCCCACCCACAGCGUCCCGGUGCCGGCCACGGAGCUGGGCUCCACCGAGCUGGUGACCACCAAGACAGCCGGCCCUGAGCAGCUGUAGCGGCGGGGGCCGGAGGGGGCCGGCUUGGCUGUCCACGCCACACCCCCUGUCCCUUCCCUGGGGGCCCCUCGGUCAAGCCCACAGAACCACAGACCAUGCGGCUCAGUCCUGGGGUGGCCACGUGCACUCGAUGGCGUGUCUCUGGCAGCCCUUGGGGGUCGGGGCUGAUUCCCUGUGGGAGGGAGAGGCUGGGGUCCCUCUGGGGCAAAGGGAGGGGGGAGGACGCCCGGGUCAAGGCCCAGUUUGCAGCCUGGACAGUCUCUCUCCCGUUUGCUGGCAGGACUACCCGCUCUAACCUGACCCAGUGACCUCGGUGGGGCUUUGGGGGGCCUCUGGGGAGCCGCCCCAGAUGCGUUUAGGAGGGAGAGAGCCUGUGUCCGCUGAUUCUGGAGGGCCUGUUCCCUCAGCUCGGACCCGGCAGCUCGCUGGGGGCUACCACAGACGCGCGGGCUUGCCCUCACGGGGGCUGCGGACCCCUCCACUCCCUCUUGGCCCCUUGUCCACGUGGGCUGCCGGAGUCCCCUGGGCUCAGCCCCGCCUCUCACAGCAGCACCCUCGGACCUUCCUGACCCACCUCCAGCCCUGGACACAUCCUUGGAGCCUGGCACGACUCAGCACAUGUGGAAGGAGCACUAGACUGGGAGUCAGACUGGGAAGCCCGUCGACCCAUGUUCUUCCGCUCCAGCUGCCCCCCCCACCAGACCCGCCAUCCUGGCCAGAAGCGUCUCAGCUCCAGGGCGGCUGCGCCCCCCAUUCAUGUCCAUCCCUGAAGGGCGCCUGGUGACGGAGUUCCAGGGACCUGGCCAUCUGCUCCCACCCUGGGGUUGGGACCUGUCCCUGGGGCCUCACCCAGCCCUAUUUUACAGAUGAGUAGACUGAGGCAAGCGAGGGCGUGAGCAUAUGGCGUCGGUAUCAUGUAGCUAAUUGGGGGCCCGGCCCCCACCCCUGUUCCAGGCUUCUCCUGGUCACCCAUGUCCCACCUGGGUGAAACCCUCAGGCCUAGACACGCCAACUCCAACCUCACUGUACUUGCUCCCCCCAACCCUCCUCGCAGAAGCCCAACCUCUGGGCAGCUCCCCACUCCCCACCCCCACCCUCGUCGUAUCAGUUUCCUUUUCCGAAACAUCUUCUGACCAGUCUCCCUCAGAGAAUAACUAGAAGAAAGAAGCUUCGAGACACUUCCAUUUUACAGAUGGGGAAGCUGAGCCACAGAGAGAGCUAACGUGCAUCACUGCCCCCGGGCCCAUGGCAGAAGGGGCAUUCCUCAGGAAGGAGCCAGGCGAGAAGGCAACGGAGAUGGGCUUGGGCCCCCAAAGCCUUCCCGCAGACGGUCAGGCAGGGACAGCCGCCCCUGGUCUGUGCUGUCAGGGGACCCCGCGCCUCCUUCCUCUACUGUUUGAUUAAUUGGGGGGCAGGGAUCCAACCCGGGGCUCCACCCCCGACCACUGAGCCACCAUCCAGCCCUCCUCUCCUCCCGUCUCUGUUUUUAAUUGUUGUUGUUGUUGUUGGGUGUUUCUGUUUGCUUUAUAAAGUUUUAUUUAAAACAAUCCAGAGGCGUAUUUUGUACCUUGGAGAGUUCGGGACGAUCCCGCCGGCUGUCCCGGCUGCGGGGCUGGGGUGUGUUUCUACGGGCUUUUGGUUCUGUUCCUAGAGAGUCUCAUCUUGAUCACCCUGUUUGGGGGAUUCCGGUCCUUUCUUUUGGGAGGUGGCGGGCACACCCAGCAAUGCUCAGGGCUACCGCCUGUCUGGUCUUUAAACACUUCACCAAGGUGUGCGAAUGUGUGAAGUUCUCUCCGUUCCUGCUGCGGCCUGACAGGCUCCAGCCCUCCUGGCUUCCAGCGCCCGGCCUGCCAGUGCAUCCCUGAAACUCGGCCCAGGGUGGGGCAGUCAGCAGCCGGACAGCGGACAGCGGGGCCCUGCGGUCCGUCAGCAGUGCUUGGUCCCCACUGGCUCUCAGGGGUCUUCUCAGAUUUCUCUUCCCACUAGUGGCCCCAGGGGUCCGAGACAGAUUCAGAGCCAGGAGGAGGCCCCCUCCCUCUGCGUUUUGGGUCUGCGGUCUCCACGGAGGGGCUGGUCCCCGCAGGUCCCCGCAGGUCCGGGGGGGGGGGGGGGCCCAGGUGGGGCGGGGCUGGCCGGAAUCUCGGUUCCUCCUGCGUUUCCUGCAGGCAUCUUUCACUUCCUGCGGCGGCCCCACUGCGCCUUGGGGGUGGGGAGGCGCGCCCCAGGUCCCGCCCCGCCCGCCCCCCCCAGCCCCUUGCCCCUUGCCCCUUGCAGCCAGCUGGUCUGGCUCCCAUCUCCCGCAGGGGCCCGAGGGCUCCGCAGCCGCGAAGGAAGGGGGUCCCCCUCCGCCCUUCCCUGGGGACGCGCCGCUGUCCGGAUUCCCACCCUCAGAAACCACGCGCCCCACCCCCACCAGUGACUCUGAGCGUUUCCCAGCCCCACGCCGCCUGGGCCCCCUCGGCACACGCAGCUCCUCGCCCUGCCGCUAGAGGACAGCACGCGGGGGAGGGACAGUGAGCCACAAGCUCCCGGCCGGGUGAUCCUACGUGGACGGUUCCCUAUAUAAGGGGUGGAGGGGAGAGGGGGGAAGGGAGGGAGAGAGGGAAAGAGAAGGGGGAGAGAAGGAGAGGAGGAGCGGGAGAAAAGGGGAGGGAGAGAAAGGGAGAGAGGAAAGAGCAGAGAAGGAGAGAGGGAGGAGGGAGAGGGAAGAGGGAGAGGGAGAGGGAGGGAGAGAGGGGUCUGCAGGGGAGCAGGGCAGGGUCUUUGCUCGGCGGGUGCCAUCCGGACUGGACACCUCUGGGAGCAGCCGCUCCUUGACAGCGCUGGGCAUGGCCCCCCAAUAGUAAGGGCAGGGGAGGGGGGAGCGGCGCCGGCCACAGCGGUCAGUACCGUCCAGAGCGCCCCCUGGCGGGCUCCCCUGGGCUCACGCUGGGGUCUCCCUUCCCGACCCCGCCAGACGCCCCUGGCCCGGCGCCGGACGGUGGGAGGUCACCCCCGCGGGCUGAGCUCCGGCCAGCGGCCCUGCGGAGCUGAGAUCCGGCCUGUCCCCGCUCUGUGCCGCCGCCGGCGGGUCCGGGGGUCCUAGUGGGGGAGACAUGGGGGGGCCCGUGGAGAGCCGGGGAGGACGCGAGAACGCUGCGGGGUCCCGGCCUCAGAGGGCCAAGGAAUCGCCUCGCCAAACUGCCGCGAGUUUAGGGUCCGGCCGCAGGAGCCCCGACGCGGACGGCGGCCUCGGAGAAGGCCGUGGGUCCGCGCGGGCGGCCCAGCGGGGACCACCUGGGCGGCGGCCGGGAGCUGCGGAGGAACCCCAGGCCGGUGUGCGGGGCCGGGCUCGUGAAGGGCGGGGCCAGACGCGGGAGGGCGGGGCCAGACGUGGGGCGGGGCCAAAACAAGGUUGCCAAAAGGGGUGGGGCCUGAGCCGGGAAGGUGGGCUUAAAGCCCUUUGAUUUCUAUGGGGGCGGGGACCACACCCCGCCGUGCUCGGGGCUCACUCCUGACUGCGCUCUGCGAUCACUCCUGGUGGGGCUCGAGAGACCUUAUGGGGUGGGGGAGAUGGAAGCAAGGCA